CGAUCGGUGGAGGAGGCGCGAGGCGGUGGCCGCUCUGGCCGACCGACUCGUUGGUGCGGAGUCCCGGAAGCGGCGUUCUCUGAGGCCGGGCGCGGAAUGGCGGAGAGUCCGGCCGCCGAGGAGUCGGCUCCGGCCGCGGUGUUGGCGGCGGCGGCGGCGGGCAGCGGUGGCGGCGGCACCUCGACCAGCUCUGGCGGCGGCGCGGGGAACCCCGGCGUUUUCAUCCCCGCCGAACUGUGGGCGGCCGCUGGUUUCGGCUCUUCUCCGGCUGCUUCCAGCGUAGCCCCGGGAAGCGGCGGAGCUCCCAUUGCCGCAGCGGCGGCGGCGGCCGCGGGGGCCGCGCUCCUCACGCAUUCCGCCUUCUGGGACCCCACGGUCAGCGGUGACUGGGACAGCGAGCGGCCCAGCUCGGCCUGCCUGCUGCGAAUCAAACGGGAUAUUAUGUCCAUUUACAAGGAACCGCCCCCGGGAAUGUUUGUUGUGCCUGAUCCCCAUGACAUGACCAAGAUUCAUGCAUUGAUCACAGGCCCAUUUGACACGCCUUAUGAAGGGGGUUUCUUCUUGUUCCUGUUUCGCUGUCCUCCAGAUUAUCCCAUCCACCCGCCAAGGGUCAAACUGAUGACAACGGGCAAUAACACAGUGAGGUUUAACCCCAACUUCUACCGCAAUGGGAAAGUCUGCCUGAGUAUUCUAGGCACUUGGACCGGGCCUGCGUGGAGCCCAGCACAGAGCAUCUCCUCAGUCCUCAUCUCCAUCCAGUCUCUGAUGACUGAGAACCCGUAUCACAAUGAACCUGGCUUUGAGCAGGAGAGGCACCCUGGGGACAGCAAGAACUAUAAUGAGUGUAUUCGGCAUGAGACCAUCCGAGUAGCAGUGUGUGACAUGUUGGAAGGAAAGUGUCCCUGCCCUGAGCCACUACGGGGUGUAAUGGAGAAAUCCUUCAUGGAAUACUACGACUUCUAUGAAGGGGUGUGCAAAGAGAGACUUUAUCUCCAAGGUCAGACGAUGCAGGAUCCUUUUGGAGAAAAACGAGGCCACUUUGACUAUCAGUCCCUAUUAAUCCGUUUGCAAGGAAUUCGGCAGAAGGUGCAAGAGAAACAUCAGCAGGAGAAUACAGAAAUAGACUCUGAGAGCAGCUCCUCUGAGACAGAGACAGACACUCAGGGCUGCUCCAAAGCUUAGAGCUGCGUUACCAACGGAGAGGCCAAGCCGUGGGGAUGUUCUGUCUUCACACUAGAGUACCCCUGACAGACUCAACAACCAAACCAAUGCCAGAGUGGAGAAAACUGUGGGAUAUCUUCUGUCUCCUUUUACUGCUCUGGUGGAUAACGCUGAACGAGAAGACUUCAUGCUAGACAAAGCCAAGCUUGUGACAGGCUACUCUUACAAGGUACUUACUCUACUAGAAAUCCGGAGCAUGUGGCAUCAGGUUAUUUUUUGAAAAACAUCUACACUGGUUAUUAUUAUUAUUAUUAUUAUUAUUAUUUUUGUCUCCAUUUGAUUAAAGAAUGAGAUGUAGACUGCGACUCCUCUUUACAGCUUUUCUGUUCCUACAGUGAGGCCUUCCCUGGGGCCAUGCUGAACAUGGAGCUGUAGCUGUGGGAGCGCUUUGAUGAGUCUGGGGUAUGACAUGGCCCAGGCACCGUGUGCCUGGAUGAAACCUUUUUGUGCAGACUGGGAGAGAUGGAGCCUGUUUGCUCUGUAGAGCCCAUCUACCCGAUGUCUUUCUUCUAGACACUGUUCUAGACAGACCAAAGAUAAAGAGCAGUGGUGGAAUCUGGGCUCCUUUCUGAAAGCUUUACACAAGCCGUGGGUGGCUUCAUCCACUGAGAUUUCAGGCACAAAAGGGGAGGAUGAAAAGGCAAGAAUCUGUACAUUGAGUGCAGGUCUGUUCAUUGUGGUGUUUUGGGGAAGGGGAAGGCGAGAAAAUCAUUGGUUCAGAGAUAGGGGAGCACUAAAAAAAAAAACCCUAAGUCUUGUUUGUGUAACUCUUUAAGGUUUUGGUUUGAAUUUAGUAUUCUAGAAGUGUUUUAUUCUGGCUGCUCUGAACAGAGAGCUGGUUUGUUUCCUUCACUGAAGUACUUUUUGCUUUCCAUCUCUCCAGUCAGUGUAAUAUUUCAUUUUCCUCCUGCCACCUCCCUCCCCACAGCAACCAUCAUUGCUCAGACUGAAAUGCUACGAUAAGGGGCAAUUUAGCUCAGGAAGCCACUGUUUCUAGGUGGAGCUUUCCAGAGGUGUACACUUAGUUACUGACUGAAAUUCCUUUGCCAAACUUGGCCAAGCUCAACGAGUGUUGUAAAGUUAACACUUCAGUACUUUGAAUGUUUUAAAUGGCAGCUUUUUACCGUGAGCAAAAGCAAGGCUGGAGGAGAGGUGUGUGCUGGCUGCAAGUGCAAUUAUGUCAAAUAUGUAUUCAGUGCAACUUGGGUGGAGGUGAAUAAAAGCUUCUCCAUGGUGAAAGACCCCGGGGAUGAUUGAUGGAAGCAGUAAAAUGUUUUGUUGGUAAAUAGCUUCAUCCACUUUUUUCAUGAGGACGCUGAUAGAAAGCUGAGCACAAAGUUGCACGUUGUCCCAUUCCCUCUCCCCCAGCACGGCUCUGCUGCAUACUGGUAGUGGGAGAACAUUCAGUGCAGUCAUUCUUGUUCUAAAAGCAAAAGAAGCACGGGAGGAAAAGCCAAAAGACCCCUGCCAUGCACUGCACAGAAAGGCAUUGUCCUAUACGUCACUGAAUUAUUUUCAGUCUCUGAUUUAUAUUGGCUCUUGCAGAACUUAGAAGCCUGCACACUGCUCUCUAAGCAGCUCUGGAAGGUGGAAACGUUUGUGAACUGUAAAUGUGCCAUUUAACAAGUAGGGGAACCUUUCCUCCCUUCUAGCAAGCAACCUCCCCUGGGUCUGUCACUGGUAUGAAUUAGACUUUAACCUUACCUUCCCUCAAGGGAAAGCUAAACUUACAUAGGACUCACUCAACACAUACACCAAAAGAGAGUAAAUAAAGCUGUGUUCACCUUCAGAUAAGGUCUCAGGGAGGCAGCAGGGUCUCCUGAGAAAUCAUGAGCAGUAUGCUACUUUUCUGCCUCUGUAAUCCUGUUGUAAAUGUCACGUUGUUUGUCACCAUUCAGUAGCAUUGUGGAUAGAGCUGUGACUCUGCUGCCUUCUCAAGGCAGAGCUGGUUCUGAAAUCUGUUUGCGAUGCAUGUGGCAUUACCAUCCACCCAUACAAUGAAACAAGAAAAUGCCUUAUUGUGGACACUAUUCACAUAACUAGCAUGUGGCUGUAAAAGAGAAGUAUUAGUUUUCUAGCUCUAAUGUUGUCUGUCCUACCAUUUCUGAAUGUUUCCAUUUCAAAGUGACAAUCCUCAAAUGACUGCUUUAGGCAGAGAUGUUUUAGCAACAGAUUUUUAGACCUAACUGAGUCAAAAAUAUAUGCACAAGAGUCACUCUAAGAUUCCUUGUUUAUAUACUAUUGUACAUAAGAUUUUUUUUUGUGCAAUAAAGUUUGUUUUGGCAGAA